CUCCUCUCUUCUCUUUCUUGUCGGUUGUAUGUGAACAUUGUUGGAUACAUUGUAUUAUAUUAUAUCCAUUUGCAUCAAUCUAGAUCUUUGCUUAUAUUACCCCCCUCGGCUAUACCACACAUCAUCAUCAUGGCUUCCUUUGAAGAAGAAGACCGGAAGUAUCUGGACGAUGUCCAGGCUGUCCAGAAGUGGUGGCAGGACUCCAGAUGGAGACACACCAAGCGGCCCUUUACUGCUGAGCAGAUUGUGGCCAAGCGUGGUACCCUGAAGAUUGAGUAUCCUUCCAAUGCUAUGAGCAAGAAGCUGUGGAAGAUCUUGGAGAGCAAUUUCGAGAACAAAGUACCCAGCUUCACCUAUGGCUGUCUCGAGCCCACAAUGCUCACCCAGAUGGCCAAAUACCUCGACACCGUCUACGUCUCUGGCUGGCAGAGCUCCUCCACCGCCUCGUCCACCGAUGAACCCUCUCCCGAUCUUGCCGACUACCCCAUGAACACCGUCCCCAACAAGGUCAACCAGCUGUUCUUGGCUCAGCUGUUCCAUGACCGGAAACAGCGCGAGGAACGCAUCACCACCCCCAAGGAGCAGCGUGGCAAGGUGGCGAAUGUGGACUACUUGCGCCCCAUCAUUGCGGAUGCUGAUACCGGACACGGUGGCUUGACGGCUGUGAUGAAGCUGACCAAGCUGUUCGUUGAGCGUGGUGCUGCUGGUAUUCACAUUGAAGACCAGGCUCCGGGUACCAAGAAGUGCGGGCACAUGGCCGGAAAGGUGCUUGUGCCUAUCAGCGAACACAUCAACCGUCUGGUGGCCAUCCGCGCGCAGGCGGAUAUCAUGGGCACCGACUUGCUUGCCAUUGCUCGAACUGACUCCGAAGCUGCCACUCUCAUCACCUCCACAAUCGAUUACCGUGACCACGCCUUCGUCGUGGGGUCGACGAACCCCAACCUCCAGCCCCUCAACGACCUCAUGGUAGCUGCGGAGCAGGCUGGUAAGAACGGAAACGAGUUGCAGGCCAUUGAAGACGAGUGGACUGCCCAGGCUGGCCUGAAGCUGUUCAGCGAAGCUGUCAUCGACACCAUCAAUAAGGGCUCCUCCGGUAACAAGAAGGCCCUCAUUGAUGAGUUCCUGACGAAGGCCAAGGGCAAGAGCAACCGCGAAGCCCGGGCUAUCGCCAAGGACAUCACUGGAGUCGACAUCUACUGGGACUGGGACGCCCCUCGCACCCGGGAGGGCUUCUACCGGUACCAGGGAGGUACCCAGUGUGCGGUGAACCGCGCCAUUGCGUAUGGACCUUUUGCGGAUCUCAUCUGGAUGGAGAGCAAGCUGCCCGAUUAUGCUCAGGCGAAGGAGUUCGCCGACGGCGUUCACGCCGUGUGGCCAGAGCAGAAGCUGGCGUACAACCUGUCGCCCUCGUUCAACUGGAAGAAGGCGAUGCCGCGCGAUGAGCAGGAGACGUACAUCAAGCGUCUGGGAGCCCUGGGAUACUGCUGGCAGUUCAUCACCCUGGCGGGUCUGCACACGACGGCGCUCAUCACGGAUCAGUUCGCCAAGGCGUACGCGAAGCAGGGAAUGCGGGCGUACGGCGAGUUGGUGCAGGAACCGGAGAUGGAGCAGGGAGUGGAUGUGGUGACUCACCAGAAAUGGAGUGGUGCCAACUACGUGGAUAACAUGUUGAAGAUGGUGACGGGCGGCAUCAGCAGUACGGCGGCUAUGGGCAAGGGUGUCACGGAGGAUCAGUUCAAGCACUGAUCAUGGAGGGGGUGAGUUGGUGGCUGACUGCAGAUCUGCAUAUUUGCUUUUUCUUUUCUAUACUGUUCAUUGUCACCAUUGUUCCCGUGAGCUAGCUUCUGAUUUAUCAUCGUAUAUACCACAAUGUGAUAGUUCGUUGACAUUAAGUUGAUGAGGGUGAUGAGCAAGGGGGAAAUAAGCUCCUAAGCUAUCCGCAAACAGAACCCCUUGCGAGGCAAGUGGGUCGC